AUGUCGAGUACUACCUGUGUGGCCCGGGUAGCUUAUCUGGCUUCGGAUAUCAUCGUAGAUUCCCAACCUAUCCUUCCGUCAACCUCACAAUUCGCGAAAGAAUAUAGCUCACUCUCUGCAACUUCCAGUCGACGUCCGACAAUCUUGUCGGUGCCCCUAGGCGGUGACCCAGGGUCGACAUUAAUCAGAAACGGAUCGGCUGCUGGACUCAUCUCGUUUACCUCUUCAGCAGCAGCACAGACCGUAACCAGGCUCGUCCUGGAUGCUGCUGAACUUUCUUCACUUCCCCUUGUCUUGCAUCUUGCCGUGACAAAUGACUUGUCCGAAGUCCUUCUGCUCCAUUCUGCCCUCCCUUUCUUCUUCGUCUCCAGAACCCCCCAACAAGCACACGAUAACUCACUCCUGGCAUCUCGGUUGGCACGUACGGAGAAGAAGGCAGUCGUGCAUGUCUUUUAUGAUGCAAAAAAUAGUCCAGUGGAGGUAAUACCGGAGAGUGAGGUGCAGCCUUUCCUUCUCUCGGAGAAGCUUGCGUCAACCAAUGGAGGGAAUGGGCACAACGGACUUUACGAGCGCGCAGCGCUUUCUACGGUCGUUCGCAUUCGUCGCGCAUGCCCCCCACUAUCUGUGCAUGGUUCUGGCGAACCCCACACUAUCAUCUUUGGGUUGGGCGAUAUUCCUUUUGCAGACAUUGACGGAGUGUCAGUUGUCUCAUUCAGCUUGCUCACUCCCCUACUCCCCUCCCGCAUACUCGAUGUCAUUCCACCAUCUGUAUCACGUGUCAUCAUUCUCGAGCAACUCCACCGCUGGAACACGAAAUGGACACCUUUGUACCUUGAACUUGUCAAUAUAAUUCACCAGCAGGAUGUAGAUCAGCGACCCCACAUCCAGAGCGUUUACUUCAGCGACCCUGCCCAAGUGACUCCCCUUGCAAUUUUGAAGCUUCUCCAAGCAGCUCCCUCUUCUGCUCCAAUUCAACUUGGAGGCAUCAGCGCUUCCUCAAAUCUUUUGCUGGAAGUGCCACACGUACCCAAACACGAGUCAUCUUAUACGAAGAUCUUGUCUCACGUCUUUGGCGAACGUUUCGAAGUUUCCAAUUCGCCUGAUUUAGUGCUUAAACAAGGUGCUAUUGCCACCAGUCCGGAGUUUGCAGUGGGCCGCGUUCGAGGACAACUCGAUCAACGAAAUGAACUCAUUCGCUCUGUGCAGAAGCUAUUGGAGAUCAAGGAAGUCACCCCCGAGCUGCAUAAACUUUGUAGCCAGUGGGUCCUUGUCAGGGACGACGAUAGCAAGAGUCGCUCAGUGGGAAAAGAACUCAUCACCGCUCUCGAGUCUUCAAAGUUCUCGAGUCCUAUCAUCGACCGCAUUCUUUCACUCCGUUCACACUUCCCUACACGCUCAAGAUGGAUCAUUGGCUCAGACGCCUGGUCCUAUGAUCUUGGCGCCUCUGGUCUGCACCACGCCAUCGCAUCCGGUCUCGACAUAAACAUUCUCAUCAUCGACACCCUUCCCUACACAUCUCGGAACUCCCAAGACGCUGCGAGUGUCGCAGUGUAUUCGUCGUACGCUCAAGUACUGCAAGCAGUCAUGGAGGCGGACAGGCACAAAGGCCCCAGUGUCGUGCUCGCAUACCUGCCUUAUCAAAAUGAGGAUGCACCAGCACUUGAGGUUUUGAAGGAGACCAAGCUCGCUGUCGACGCUGGGUACUGGCCUCUUUACCGUUGGGACCCUCCAUUUGCGCUCGACUCGGACGCCUUCCUUGACAGGCAGAACCAUUUGUCGCAACUCGUGCGCUCUAAGCCCGAGCUUGCCACGGAACUGGUGAGCAGCUUGGGCGAGAAUGUGAAGGAGGCGAGGAAGAGGAAGGCACAACAAGCAUAUGAUGACUUGGUUGUCUCGCUUGAUGCGCCACCGUUGGUAGUGCUGUAUGCAUCGGAUGGUGGCACUGCAGAGAAGUUUGCGAAGCGACUGGCUAACCGCGGUAAAGCCAGAGGCUUGUCAACGUCCAUUGGUACCAUCGACUCUAUGUCCAUCGAUACCCUCUCUCAAGAGGAAUAUGUGGCCUUCGUCACAUCUGUAGCAGGCCAAGGUGAACCCCCACAAAAUGGUCGGACUUUGUUUAAAGCACUCAACGCUGCUGCUCUUCGUGGAGAGAAGCCUUUCUCGAAGCUUCGAUACUCGGUCUUCGCCCUUGCAGCUGGGGGAGAGCGCUUUGCAGAUAUCGGGCUCGACACCGGGUACAAAGUAUGGGAGCCUCUCGUGUGGAAGACGUUCGGCGUCGACAGCAUUGAAGUGAAAGAAGCAGAACCGGACCCGAUCACUAAUGAGCAUAUCAAGGCGGCCUCAGGUUACCUUCGCGGUACGAUUGCUGAGGGUCUCGAAGAUACUAGCUCGGGCGCUCUCGAUCCCAGUGACACCCAACUCACGAAGUUCCACGGUAUCUACCAGCAAGAUGACCGCGACAUCCGUGAUGAGCGUCAAGCUCAAGGCGUCGAACCUGCCUACAGUUUUAUGAUUCGCGUUCGUACGCCCGGUGAUCACUACAGAGCAACAUUCCAGUUCCACGGUCCUUCCAUUCAGGAAAUUAACAAGGUCUUGUUGGACACUUUGGCUGCGUGUGGCGACGUCGUCAAUCGGAAUGUUAUCUGUUCCGCUAUUCCUUCUUUGUCCCGACUUCAUGCGCAGGUCUACGGCUUCGCGAAGCUUGUCCAAACAACAGCAUACCACGAAAUUUGGUUGGACAAGAAAAUGGUUGCCGGCGAGGCUGUCAAGGACUUUGAGCCGCUCUAUGGCGAGUUCUAUCUUCCUCGAAAGUUCAAAGUUGCGGUUGCGGUACCACCCACUAAUGACGUUGAUGUCUUUGCAAACGACCUAGGCUUCAUCGCCAUCGUCGAUGAGCAAGGAGAGUUGGCUGGCUUCAAUGUUACUAUUGGUGGUGGCAUGGGAGUAACCCACGGCAAUAAGAAAACUUACCCUCGAGUUGCGGAUGUAAUCGGUUUCUGUACUGUCCAAGAAGGUCCUAUUGUAGCAGAAAAGGUCGUGCUUACACAGCGAGACAACGGUAAUCGUGCAGAUCCAGAGGUUGAGAGUCGACUCGGUUAUCCGUUGGCCCCAGCACGACCAUACACGUUUGACCGUAACAUUGACGACUUUGGCUGGUCAACGGGAGACUAUGGCAGGCACCACGCUAUGCUCUUCAUCGAGAACGGGCGUAUUCAGGACGAGCCCGGCCGCGAUUUUAAAACCGGUCUUCGCGAGAUUGCAAAAAUACACAAGGGCACGUUCCAAAUCUCUACGGAAGAUGUACCCGAGAUCAAGAGAAUACUCGCCAAGUACAAAUUGGACAACUUGAACCACACUGGUUUGCGGCUCUGUCGUCAUCGGCUUGUAGUACAUUCAGGUCUCGCAAUGGCUGAGUCUGAGCGUUAUCUACCACUGCUUAUUGACAAGGUCGAGAAAAUCUGUGAGGAGAAUGGGCUUCGCAACGAUUCCAUUGUCAUGCGGAUGACUGGUUGUCCCAACGGUUGCGCAAGACCAUAUGUUGCUGGCAAAGCACCUGGAUCUUAUUCCAUGCUUCUUGGUGGCGGAUACUACGGUCAGCGCCUGAACAAGAUUUACCGGGAAACAGUAUCGGAACCCGAGAUUCUCGCCAUCCUUGAGCCUAUGAUCAAGCGAUAUGCGCUCGAGCGAAACGAGGGCGAACAUUUUGGUGACUUUGUUAUCAGGGCGGGAUAUAUUUCUUUAACGACAUCCGGAAAAGAGUGGUACGACGGCGCUGCUGCAGCUGCAUGA